AUGACGGUUGGUAGUCAUGUGGCGGAAAUAGUAAGACAGGGGAUUUGGGCAUCACUCACAGGCGGAUGGUACUAUGAACCAGGCUGUACGCUCUUCUGCAACGCUGUCCAUUUAUAUCUAUGGCUGAUACUCUUCCUUAUUCCUCUCUUACUUGGACUCUCCUUUGGUACUAUAACGUCUAUGUACAUUACAGUGGCCUAUGUGACUUUCAUCACUCUUCUCUUUGUAGUAUUGAAAUUCACGGUCUCAUACUUGCACAACUUAUUUGACACUGUUGAUCCAACUCCGUACCCUCCUGCCCGUUCACUGAAGGUUGAAAGUUUUUCCUGUGAGACAACACAACAUUCAAAUGAAAAGCACAGAGACGAAGAAAUUGAAAUGGUAGAUUUGCGGAAGAAAGAUGGUGAUGAAGCUGAGGAUAUAAAUCAUAGCUUAUCUCGAAACUCGUUAGGACGUCGACGGUGUGUACGAAUUGGUGACAAUUCUGUUUCAUCUAUAGAUGCAGAAUUGCGGAUAUGCAAGGAAGUUGGCGGAGAAUGGGAUGAAGACCGAAGUAGUGGUCGACAAACCAGACAGGGAUUAAUUGCACCGUCAAUAGCAACACUUCUCCCUGUAGAUAGCCUUGAAUUAUUGCCGACUGGAAUAAGGCAUCAUCAAUCAGACAAUGGCACAAUUCAGUGUAUUAGAAUCGAUCGGAAAUUCUCUGAACCAUGUUUGAAGGAGGCACACAGAUGGAAUCGAACACGACGUCGACGUUUAAGUGAUACUGGUCCCUGUGUACGUCGUGCAAAAUCAGCUUUCGAGACUUCAAAUAAAGAUGUUGCUAGUGGGUCGAUGUUAAAUGAACAGACGUUAGAGGAAUGCAAGAGAGUAAUUCGUAAAUCUUAUCCGACAAAAAUGAGCAGUACAGCAGCUUUUUUAUCAACUACUCUAACAAAACGCAGUUGUCCAUCUCGUGAGCGCAAUUUUGAUAGCAAGUUGAAAACCGGUUCGAGUGAUAUAUGUUAUUCAAAUAAAAAGAAUCUUGUUCUCUUCGAUGAAGGCAACGAACAACAAAUUCCAGCAAGAAUUGAUGUAUUGGACAUAAUCUCUACUAGUGAAGAAACUGAAAAUCUUACUGUGGAAACAAUCGUGCAUCUAGAGCCUGAUUCUGAACCGAAACCAAAUGUUAUAUCUUCGGGUGAAGGCUGGCGACCCAUUUUCGUUUCUCUUGGUGACUUAGAAAAACCAUCAACAAGUACAUUGCAUCGAACAUCAGAACGGCUUAAUGGAGGAGGCAACUUCAGAAGAGUGGAUCUGAAAGGUGAGAUUACGAAGUUUCUGGAGGAAUUGAUUGAUAAACAUCCGGAAACGUUGGAUGCUAUUGAAAGUGUAAGAAUGAAUAGAUUAGGACGAGGUCUUAGCUCAGUAAACCCUUGCCUUCGUUCUCAUCCUCCGACUUUGGCACAGCCAAGAACAAUUGAGAGGAGCUCCACAACGGUAGCAGCACUUUCGAAUUUGGCUAUGAAAGAUGGUACUCAUGUAGCUUUAGAUCAUGAAGAUACUUCACAAGGAGCCGUCCAUUCAUUUCAAGAUGAAGAUGGAAAUUGGUGGACAUAUGUUUUUGAUGAGCAUGGUGUUGGAACUGCUCAUGCGUUGGGUAGUAGUCGUGCUUUAAUGGAAAUGAUUCAGAGCAACAGUACUGCAACCAAUGCAAAACUAGCAGUCUUACCAGGAAGCGAUUCUGAUUCGACGGAAGAUUCUGAUAUCGAUCCCACAGUAGUGGCAAGUAUAAAUGAAGGCUGUUCGCACACGCAGUUUUUGGAAGGCGCAUCCUUAUCCGCUGCAGAUCGAUGUAGGGCGUUGUCAUCUUCAUCGACGGAAAGUAGCACAUAUAUUGCAGACACUCCCAGUGCUAUUUAUCAUGCUUCAAGCUCAGCACUGAUGUCCAGACAUCCAAAUCGUGAUAGACAAAUGGUAUCGUUUUCUAUGAUGGCUGCUCGCCUCAGAAAUGCUACUAGACGGCGCUCUCAUGGGAGUCUUGUUCGCGGAAAUAACUUUCUUGAAGAACAGGCUGCAGAAAGAAUGCCUCAAGUAACUCAUCUGAUGUCAACUAGUGAUCACCAAAGAGCAUUAAAUGGUGCUAGUCGUGCAUCUCCACGUACUGGUUCACCGCGGGCCCUCCGUCGCAUGCCGUUUUUUUCUGAUAUAUCUGGGAUUGGUACAUCGGAUUCAGGCCGAAUUAAUACUGGGAAGAAAAGUCAUUACUAUCGAAUUAAACUAUUUCCUUCUCUUACUGGCGGGAAAGGAAUAAAGCUGGAGAUGGAUCGGCUUUCAGUAGCAGCUCUAUUUGAUCGUAACAGUACAUUGUUCUCAACUCUCUUUGACAUAUGUCUCGCAUCGGUAGUUGCGUUGCUAACGGCAAUCGUUCUCUCGCGCUCCAUUUAUUACGAUUUGACGCUCAUUCUUUUCGCUUUUGUUGUUGCCGGAACACAUUUUUCCCUAUUAAAAAGCGUACAGCCGGAUGCGGCAUCACCAAUACAUGGAUUUAAUUGGCUCGUGACAUAUUCGAGACCGAUUUAUUUUUCGGUUAUGGCAGUAGCGUUACUUUUGAUAAGUGGUGAUUGGUGGAAUUAUGGUGAUGCAAUUCAUUCACUAGACUGGGAAUGGAAUUUUUAUCGUGUACAAGAUGUUUCAUUAAUAUCUUUUCUUCUGGCUUGUCGUGAUUUACUGGCUGUUUUAUUAAUUUUGCUACCUAUCGCAUUUACUUUCGGUUUAUUGCCACAGGUAAAUACACUAGUAAUACAUUUGUUGGAACAAGUGGAAAUGAAUGUUUUUGGUGGUACUGCAAGUUUUUCUUUAUUAUCCGGACUUAUUCAAAUUAGCAAAAGUUUGAUGGCUUUUGGUUUUCUCUGCUUCAUCGCAAAAGCCGCAAAACAUACAGAUCCUAAUGGAACACAGAAUGCCUUUUUUUCAGCUUUUACUGCAACAGCCGUUGCUAUUUCCUACUUUCUUUCAAGAAGUACAAGCAAUCCUGGUCUUAUGGCACUAUAUUUUCGAUACAUGAUUUCGUCAUCUAAAUGCUCUCAAUUAGAUGCGAAUCAGGAAACAGAAAGUGAAACAAAAGAUGAAGUGACUCCGUGCUUAAAGGAUCCGCUACCAGAUGAGUUGCAAAGUGUAAUCAUAAAUCGAAUCAAGAACGAUGUUGUUAUUUCACUUAUCAUUUUGGUGUUAUUUUUUGCAAUUCAUUGCACAUCGAUUUUCACUGCUGCUCAACCAUUUUUGCAGACAAUAACAUGCAUUAUUUGCAUAGUUUUCGGAUUUACCAAUCAUUAUUUAUAUAUGGAACUACGAAAAAACACACCGUGGCGUAUUUUUGCACGACCAAUUUUACGCGCUCAUGAAUUUGCCCAAUUUGAAUCGUUGGUUGCCGCAAAGUUGACGUAUUUUGAAAUCAUUCACUUUUAUAUGCUUGCCAUUGAAAGAAAUGUGUUGUAUCCGUUAUUUGUAGUAAGUUCAAUAACAAUUAACAAGUGGACACUGCAUCCCUACUUCAUUGCUCUUUUCGCUCUUCGCAUUCUUCGUUCGGCUUUCUCACAGCCACAACUCAUAUUUUUACCAUUGGCAUUCUCCUUCCUUUUGACAAAAGCUGAUCUUGCCAAGUAUUCCGAUAUCGACCGUUAUUUCCCGUUACUUUUUUAUUUGGCCACGCUUGUUUGGCCGAAACUUUUGGAGUUUUCGCUGAAAAUUAAUUUUAUUCUUGCGUAUGUGGCACCGUGGCAAAUCAGUUGGGGUUCUGCAUUUCAUGCUUUCGCGCAACCGUUUAGUGUGCCACACACAGCUUUAUCAUGCAUCCAAACAAUGCUUUCUUCCAUUAUAUCUGCCCCACUCAAUCCUUUCUUAGGUUCAUCAUUUUUCUUAACAUCAUACGUACGACCGGUGAAGUUUUGGGAAAAGGAUUACAAUACACGUCGCGUGGAUCAUUCUAAUACACGUCUAAUUUCACAAAUUGAUCGCGGGCCAAUGAUGGACGAUAGUAAUUUAAAUGCUGUUUUCUAUGAGCACUUAACAAGAUCACUGCAGUCAUCAUUGGCGGGCGAUAUUCUCUUAGGACGUUGGUGCACAGCUAUACAACCUGGCGACUGUUUUAUUUUAGCUAGCUAUUAUUUAAAUUGCUUGGUCCAUAUUAUUGAGGUUGGAAAUGGUUUUGUAACUUUUCAGUUGCGGGGUCUUGAAUUUAGAGGAACAUACUGUCAUCAACGUGAGGUAGAAGCAAUAAGUGAGGAUGUUGGAGAGGGUGUGGGUUGCUGUUGUUGUUCUUUAGGUCCACUCCCUGGCAUGUUAUCAUUGAAUACAGCUUGGGUUCUGCGAUGGCUUGCUUGGGAAGUUGUUACAGCAAAAUAUAUUAUUGAUGGUUAUUCAAUUACUGACAAUUCUGCUGUGAAUUUGCUCCAAGUACACGAACUGCGUCGGCUGUUAGUUACACUGUAUGUUAAAAGCAUUAUAUUUUAUGCUCUUAAUUCACCAAAAUUUUCCCAAUGGAUUCGACUACCUAAUAUUCUCUGUGCUCUAAGCCCAAUUGAAACAAAUAUUCGAUAUGUUGAUCUGGAUCCAAUGUUUAGCGCUGCGAAUGACGAAGAUUUCGAUAUCAACCUUAUGGGUGUUUCCCGGCAAAGUUUCACGGAACUAUAUGAGAAUUGGAUACUCCAUUGUGUUGAGCAACACAGUGCCGAUUUGAAUGUUGAAAAAACUAUUAACAAUAGAAUUAAUGCAUUCUGUUUUGCGCUUUCGGUCGUUGGACGGAGAGCACUUGCCGCUGCAGCGCAUAAUCGCCAUGCAAACGCCGCUGAAUCAUUUCUUUAUGGUUUACAUGCUUUGUUUAAGGGCGAUUUUAGAAUAACGUGUCAACGUGACGAGUGGGUGUUUACCGACAUGGAUUUAUUGCGAUGUGUGGUAGCGCCAGCAAUACGAAUGGCACUGAAACUACAUCAGGAUCAUUUUACUGCAGGAGAUGAUUUUGAUGAUGCUGUAUUGCUCUAUGAACGUAUUACGCACCAUUUGACAAGAUUAUUUAUUUCACAUGAACAUGAUCCUGCUUGGAGAAGAGCUAUUAUAGCAAAUACUCCGACUCUGUUAGCUCUGCGACACAUUUAUGAUGAUGGUCAAGAUGAUUACAAAAUCAUUAUGCUGAAUAAAAUGCAUCUCAACAUGAGGGUAAUAAAACUGAAUCGCGAAUGUGUUCGUGCGUUUUGGGCCGGCCAGCAGCAGGAAUUGAUUUUCUUGCGAAAUCGAAAUCCAGAAAGAGGAUCAAUCCAAAAUGCUCGCCAAGUUUUGAGAAAUAUGAUAAACAGCAGUGCGGAUCAGCCAAUCGGAUAUCCAAUCUAUGUAUCUCCUCUCACCACCUCUUUUGUUGAUUCACAUUCUCAAGUACGCUCAUUAAGUAUCCCUCCAAGGACAUUUGAAUUUAUUUCUCGAUCUUUUCGCUUUUUAUGGACUUCACUAAGAAUGAAUUUUGGUACCAGUGGAAGCAGCAAUAUACCAACACAGCUUAUAACGGCAACAGCUGCGGCAGUUGUAACACACACUAAUCUAAGCAACGAUAGUCAAACUAGCGUGGAACAUCAAAGUGAAAUACCCAUUUUUACUUCCACAUCUAUCAGAACUGUUGAAAAUAAUAGACGACGAUAUGCAACUGCCUCUUUAACCACUGUGCUUAGGCAAGAAAACUCCAUUGUCUCGGUUGCUGGAGAUGGUGCAACGAAAGUAACGCUGUGCAAAGACAGUCUAAAAUCCCUUGAAGCAAAUGAUGUCAUACAUAAAGGUGGAGGAGUAUCACUAGCCUCCACACGACAUGAACAACUGCAGUAUGCUAAAAUUACUAAUAUAAAAGAAGUCUUUACGUGCUUAGAUCAGCCUUUAAAGUCAACCGGUGAACCGCCGGUUACUUGGCCACAUAUCUGUUGGCAAACGCUCGGUGGUCGUAGUUCAUGGGAUUGGAUGCCGUUGAAGGGACAUCGAGGCAAAGUUGUACAUAAAUGGGUGCCAUUUCAUCCGCAGCGUGAACAACGGUCACAUGCAGGGACGAUCUAUUUGCUGUGUGUAAAGGAAAUGGGUGGUUGUUACGUUCCUGUUGGCGAGAAUGGAAUCGAAUCCAUCACAAAAGAAGAGUACGAAAGUGAAGUAAAAGUUGAAGUGGCUGUCAAAAUGGAAAUUUUGAAGGCUUGA